AUGUCGGUCAAAGUUAAGAAGAUCUCUGAACCUCUAGUGUUAGGAGAGGGUCCGCAUUGGGACGAAUCACAACAGGCAUUGUUCUUUGUUGACAUUCUCGACUGCUGCUUGCAUAAAUAUAUACCGGCCACCGGCGAGUGGACUAAAGCUAAAAUUGAUGGUGGCAGAGUUGGAUUUGUUGUUCCGGUGGAAGGAAGUAAAACCCAAUUUAUAGUUGGUGUAGAAAAAACAUUUAAGAUAAUUGAAUGGGACGGAAAAGCCAAUGUUACAAAAGACGUUAAGGUCCUUGGAUCUGUUGAUCAAGAUGUUGAUGCUACAAGGAUCAAUGACGGAAAGGCUGACCCCAGAGGUCGGAUCUUUGCUGGUACAAUGGGUCAGGAUGACCCUCCAGGCGUCAUUGCAGAAAGCCAAGGGUCAUUCUACCGGCUUGACAACGAUGGAAACAUCAAAAAAUUGUGUAGUGGUAUCGGGAUUUCAAAUGGGCUCGCUUGGGACAUUCAAGAAAAGGCUAUGUACUACACAGAUUCAUUGGAGCAUAAGAUACGGAAAUAUGAUUAUAAUAUUGAUACUGGCGAUAUUUCAAACUUGAAAUACAUAUUCGACUUUAAGAAGGCCGGCGUUGAAGGCGCCCCGGAUGGCACCACCAUCGACACAGACGGCAACUUAUGGAUCGCAGUCUUUAAUGGGUCGUGUGUUAUUAAAAUCGAUCCCCGAACGGGAACUUUGCUACAAAAAGUCCCAAUUCCUGCAUUGCAAGUAACGUCUGUCAUUUUUGGAGGCCCGAACUAUGACGUAUUGUUUGUGACGUCAGCGAAUAUUAAUGUGGAGGGCAAGCAACAGCCCCCCGCAGCUGGGUGCACUUUUAUGGUGACCGGUUUGGGGGUUAAAGGUCUGCCGGGGUACAACUUCAGACUGAAAUAA